AUGAAGUUUGACAGCGCCCUUCCCGGGCGGCUCCUAGAAGGAGAGUCUUCGGAAAUGCCUUUGGGCAACGAUUCUCCAACAGAAAACCUGAAGCUAUCAAAUUCGUUAGCCGAAAACAGUGGGGGGGCGAAGCUUGCAAAGUCCUCAAUGUCACCUGUGGGCAAUCCAAAAGGCGUCAAGAUCCAUUGCACUGGCGGAUAUAUUAGCAAGGGAAGCCACUCCAAAUGCGCAAGGAAAAUGAGAGCGAUUCAAACCCAACAUCGAAACGACAAGGCGAACGGCUGGGGUGACAUUGCAUACACGCUUGCGGUCUGCCAGCACGGCUACGUCUUCGAGGAUCGUGGCUCCAAGUACCAAAUCACCCGAUCAGUUCUCGCAUUAGCCGGCUCCGCGGGCGACACAACACCCUCAAAGGAAAUGAUCCAAGGUAUCAAUGACGCGGUUACAUACCUGCGCAGUAAGGGGGUUGGGAAGGAGGUCAAAGGCCACCGACACGGGUGGGCAACUUCAUGUCCUGGCGGGCCCCUUUACAAGCUGCUGAAGGAAGGGAAGCUUAAUCCUUCAGGUGGAGGAGGCGGAGGAGGUGGCGGAAGAACCCCAAAGCCACCUGAAACCAAAUACAGCAAGUUCCCAGCUGCCUCGUGGUUCCACCGCAAGCCAAGGAGCAGCAUCGUCACGGUAAUGGGUAAGCGCCUGGUUGCUGAGGGCUGCAGCGCGUAUAAGGAAGGACCAGGACCACAGUGUACUGAUGCGGACCGCGCAUCGUACAAGAAGUGGCAGCAGAAGUUGGGAUUCACGGGCAAGGUUGCUGAUGGGUGGCCUGGAAAGACAAGUUGGACUAAGCUGAAGGUUCGGAAAUAA